GGCAAUAGGCACAACCUUCAAAGGGAAAUCAAAUACAAAUAAGUUGUAGCCGGCGACACACAGUUGCAGCCGCACAAUCACAACUUAAGGCUUCAUUCGUCGCAUCUUCUUUGUUGCUUCUUCUCUCUAUUCGAGGAUAUACCGUUAUUUGUGUCCUGUUCCUGGCUUCCGAAACAAACGUGAUGGCACUUCGUUUUGAGAUUCUUGGUAGGUUCAACCGUGCUCGUGCCUCUCGAUUGACACUCCCUCAUUUUGUGUGCCAAACGCCUUUAUUCAUGCCAGUGGGUACACAAGGAACAAUCAAAGGAUUGACAACUAGCCAGCUUGAGGAUAUUGGUUGUCAAAUAAUACUUGGAAAUACUUAUCACUUGGCCCUUCGACCUACUUCUGAGCUUCUUGAUGAAGUUGGUGGUCUUCACAAUUUUAUGAAUUGGCCGCGGGCCAUGCUUACUGACUCUGGUGGCUUUCAAAUGGUCUCACUGUUGCAUCUUGCGGAUAUCACAGAAAAAGGUGUGACAUUUCAGUCACCAGUAGAUGGAAAGCCUAUGCUUCUAACACCUGAGGAAUCAAUUCAAAUACAGAAUAGAAUUGGAGCAGAUAUCAUAAUGGCUCUGGAUGAUGUUAUAAAGACCACCGUUACUGGUCCAAGAGUUGAGGAAGCUAUGUAUCGAACACUUAGAUGGAUAGACAGAUGUAUAGAAGCUCACAAGAGGCCUCAUGAUCAGAACUUGUUUGGUAUUGUGCAGGGUGGUUUAGAUCCUAGAUUGAGGGAUAUUUGUGUCCAAGGUCUGGUGGAGCGCAAUUUGCCCGGCUAUGCCAUUGGUGGUCUUUCAGGCGGUGAAGAUAAAAAUUCAUUUUGGCGAGUUGUUGCUCAGUGUACUGCUGCUCUGCCAGAGGAUAAACCGCGAUAUGUUAUGGGAGUUGGUUAUCCACUCGACAUUGUUGUUUGUAGUGCUUUGGGUGCUGACAUGUAUGACUGUGUUUAUCCUACUCGUACAGCACGUUUUGGCACUGCCCUAGUUCCUCAGGGAGUGUUAAAACUAAAAAACAGAGACAUGGCUGAUGACACCCGCCCAAUUGAUCCUACUUGCUCUUGUAUGGUUUGCAAGAACUACACCAGGGCUUACAUACAUUGUCUUGUGACAAAAGAUGCCAUGGGAUCUCAGCUACUUUCAUAUCAUAAUUUGUAUUACAUGAUGCAGCUUAGUAGGAAUCUCCACUCUUCAAUAGUUGAAGAAAGGUUUCCAAAGUUUGUAUGCAACUUUCUGCACCAAAUGUUCCCAAACGGUGAUGUUCCAGAAUGGGUCUGCAAUGCUAUGGAAGUGGCUGGAAUUGACAUUUCUUCCUGUUGUGCUCCACUUUCAUCAUACCAAGAAUAGUGGCUCGGGAUUCAUUGCAGUCGCCCCCCUCUGCAGUGCAGUAAGAUUGUGGUGUCGCCUCGCCAUGUUCUUUUCCCACGGCCACCCACACUCAAUUCCUGGAUGAUUUAGAGAAGCAAUUUGGCGACCAAUUUGAGCAACUUCAGCUUCAAAUAGGUACGGAAAUGGAUGAACUUAAGACUUAUUUGCACGUAGUUUCAACAAAGUUACAACGAAGGUUCAAAUGGUUGCAAUGGUUAGUUAUGAUGAAACUUUGAUAUACAAAUGUGACAAAUUCUUUCUCUUGAAUGAAACUCUGACGACGACAAUGGUUUGAUUGGCCUCCAUUCAUCAUGAUAGAUAGGUUUUCCAAUAGCAUUUCAACUAUACGAGGCACAAAAUUGAUGUAUACCCCACUUGGCAGUAGUAUGUAGCUGAUGUUACUAUGCCUUUUGGUGAUGCUUCCGAAGAUCCCAUUUCUUCGUCGUUAUAACUCAAAUAAAAUUAAUUUCGUUUUAACAAGUAAGAAAUAGUAAGAUAAAGUU